AUGGGGAGAGCCCCUUCUUCUGACAAAAAUGGAUUGAAGAAAGGCGCUUGGGCACCUGAGGAAGACAAGAAGUUGAUUGCUUAUGUCACUAAAUAUGGUCACUGGAAUUGGCGCCUACUCCCCAAAUUUGCAGGUCUUGCGAGGUGUGGGAAGAGUUGCAGAUUGAGGUGGCUUAACUAUCUGAGGCCCGAUGUCAAGAGAGGGAACUUCAGUCACCAAGAAGAAGAGACUAUUAUCAGACUUCACGAAAAGCUUGGUAAUAGAUGGUCAACGAUUGCCGCUCAAUUGCAAGGGCGAACAGAUAACGAGAUAAAGAAUCACUGGCACACAACCCUGAAGAAGCGUUUUGAACAGAAAUCAGACAAUAGACGUGGAACUGCAAAAACCAAAGUUUCAAAGUCAGUGGAUGCCAAUCGUAGUGAUAAUAUUUGUCCAUUGUCACCACAGCCAUCGUCUAGUGGACUCUCCUGCUCAACAACAGACACUACAAAAGCCACAAACCAUGAAAUUUUGGUUCCAGAAGAUGAUGAUCUUUCUUUCUUGGACGCAUACACGGAGCCUGAGAGUGCAAAUUUCUGGACAGAGCCAUAUGUAAUUGACGAUUCCUAUGUCCCUCCUGGUGAAGCAGUUGUGCCUGAAUACUUUAGUCCUAUGUGUGAUGUAGAACUUUGGAGCCAAAAUGAUUUGUACCUGCAGGAAUGUGAGGGUUUGUUUCACUGA